GCCGAGAGCAGCGUAACGAUGUGCUAAGCCGCCGCCAUGGGUACCGUGCUGAGUUUCUCUCCCCGCGAACGACGCCCCGUGUACACCACCAGCUCCACCGGCGACUUCACCCUCAACAACUUCUCCUACGAGCAGCUCAACAACGCGAAGAACCGCGACAAGAACACCACCAACUCCAACAACAACCUCAACAUCAACAACAACGACAAUGCGCGCAUCAUCUCCGAGAAGAACGCGCUAGAGAAGAACCUGAAGAAGCAUUCGCUCUUCAUCAAUGCGCUGUCGUGGAAGCGGUUCUCCACCACGAACAACAAUAAGAAGAAGCUCGACAACAAGAACAAGAAUGCGGCGGCGUUCCGGCAGCCGCUGGACAACAUCCACGUGGACAAGAACAAGAACAUCCAGAACAAGCAGGGCUACUACUCGGGCUCGAAGAGCGCCUCGGCGUUGGCGUUGGACAUCGUGAGGGUGAACAAUGCGAACAACGCCAAUCACCACGCCAACUGCGACAAGUUGACCAACAAGCCGCUGCUGCUCCAGCAGAACUCGGUCAACUCGCAGAACCAGGUCGUGCCGGUGGCGGCGCCCAAGAAGACUGUCAUCCAGGCUUCCACUUCGGAGUUGCUGAAAUGUCUAGGCAUGUAUCUGCACACCAAGUGCUACAAGCUGAGGGAUUUCCAGGCGGGGGACGCCGUCAUGUGGCUGAGGACGGUGGACAGGAGCCUGCUGCUGCAGGGAUGGCAGGACGUGGCCUUCAUAAAUCCCGCCAACGUAGUCUUCGUGUACAUGCUGGUCCGCGACCUCGUCGAAGAAGAGAUCGAAUGCGAGCAGGACCUCCAAGCCGUCGUCCUCACCUGCCUCUACCUCUCGUACUCGUACAUGGGCAACGAGAUCUCGUACCCCCUCAAGCCGUUCCUGGUCGAGGACUCCAAGGAGAAGUUCUGGGACCGUUGUUUAGACAUAGUGAACAGACUCUCGUCCAACAUGUUGCGCAUCAACGCCGAGCCCGGCUACUUCACCGAGAUCUUCACCGAGCUGAAGGCGUGCGGCAUCAACAACAUGGCGACGAUGGCGUGCCAGACGGUGCCGGUGGUGGCGUGCAACGCGGGCACUCUGGCGGCUUGACGCAAAGAGCUCACCGUAGUUAAAUUGACUCUGGCCGAGAUGCCCACCGUUCCGUGUCAGGUUUAAGGGUGGAUGGAAAAUGUGUUCAUGUUUAUAUUUUUUUGGGCGCGGAGGGCGGGGCCGAGGGCGGAGCGCGAGAGCGCCGGGGGCGGGCGGACGCGCCCGACACACACUGGGUUCUUUACUAGAGUACAAGACUUUCUCUUUUCCUGCUAUUUUCUUACUUACGUCUGUGCCAAAUAGCCGAGUACGGUGCGGUAGCCGGGUUAACUGAGGGGCGGAUUUUUGUCCACAAUUUCAAAAAUAAUUGAAAAUUCUUCUAAAAUGAAUAGUCAUAGUUACAUGGAAGUUCAAAAUAAAAAGUUGGGUCGUUCUAUAUGAAAACACCAAGUUUGAUUAAAAAAGUAGGUACGCCGUAUGAUUUUUGAUUUCGAUGAAAACAAUUCGGGAUCAUUUUUUGGGUAACCAAUAUGAAAAAAAUCGUCAUUAUUUAUUUUUUUGGAUACUUAACUUUGGAUUGGCAGCCCUUAGAAAUCUGAAGUUUUGCCAUUUUCAAAAUCCUAUUAUGGGCUGUAACUGUUUUUCUAUAUCACGUAUUGAAGAAAUCAUUGUAAUUUUAUUCUACUGCCUAAGAAGUGUGCUUUCAUAAUAAAUAUAAGUACCUUAUGUGUGACAAUGAACGAAAAA